AUGAAGGUAUUUGCGUUCUCUGUUUUGCUUCUGGGUUAUCCCAACCUUUUCUGCAGCGCCCUGAGAGGAAGCAACGACUUGACGUUAGACAUCGACAAGUUCCCCGACCCAAUUGACAUCGUCACUGAAAACCAGGGCGAUCUCAAGGUCUACAAGCCAUACGACCCCAACGCUUUGAAGGCCAUCAUGCAAGGUGGAAAGCCAAUCUGGUUCAAGAAGAGAGGUGAAAAGGCUACCAAGGUUGUUGUCUUCAAUGCCGAUGCACCAAGCAUUGUACACGUCCACUUCCAAGCUGGAUCUGAAGAGAAGAUGAACAUCUACCACCUCCUGGGAGACUCAUGGGCCCUCAGAGGUACCUAUGAUCCAGAUCAGCCAGGAAGUCCUCUCUCUGGUGAGGACCCAAUUCCAGAGGAGGAAGUCUCUGAUCUCCAACUCGAUAUCACCGCCGCUGCUACCAAGGGCGUUCAAGUCAGUACCUUCGUCAGCUGCAACAUUCCCACCAAGGUCUUCAAAGUCGCUCCUGGCUCCGUAAUCAAGAGUCUCGUCGUUGGUGAAACUGCCGUAUGGGCAAACGGGAAUGAUAAGCUCAAGGAGUCCAAGGUCUAUCAGCCAAAGGGAGCUGCUGAAAGCUUUAUCUUUACCGCCGUUAUCAAUGGUGGUGGUGGCAAGGAUGUAACAAAGUUCUUCAAGAAGGAGGGAGCUGAAGUCAAGGAGCUCGCCAAGAAUGAAUUCGAAAAGAUGCUCCAGGAAUUCGUUGAUAACGACGUCCUCGAUAACGCAGGCCCAGCCUCCAUUGAUCUCUAA